AUGGGGCAGGAGGAGCUUCGAGAUUGUAUCCAAAAGACCUUGAAUGAGUGGAGUUCCCAAAUCAGCCCAGAUUUGGUCAGGGAGUUUCCAGAUGUCUUGGAAUGUACUGUGUCUCAUGCAGUGGAAAAGAUAAAUCCCGAUGAAAGAGAAGAAAUGAAAGUUUCUGCAAAGCUGUUCAUUGUGGGAUCAAACUCUUCAUCAUCAACUAGAAAUGCAGUUGACAUGGCCUGUUCGGUCCUCGGAGUUGCACAGCUGGACUCUGUGAUCAUUGCUUCGCCUCCCAUUGAAGAUGGCGUUAACCUUUCCUUGGAGCAUUUGCAGCCUUACUGGGAGGAAUUACAAAACUUAGUUCAGAGCAAAAAGAUCGUUGCUAUAGGCACCUCAGAUCUGGACAAGACCCAGUUGGAGCAGCUGUAUCAGUGGGCACAGGUAAAACCAAAUAGUAACCAAGUUAAUCUUGCCUCCUGCUGUGUGAUGCCGCCUGAUUUAACUGCAUUUGCUAAACAAUUUGACAUACAGCUGUUGACUCAUAAUGAUCCGAAAGAACUGCUUUCGGAAGCAAGCUUCCAGGAAGCUCUUCAGGAGAGCAUCCCCGGCAUCCAGGCGCGGGAGUGGGCGCCGCUGUGGCUGCUGCGGUACUCGGUCAUCGUUAAAAGCAGGGGAGUUAUCAAGUCAAAAGGCUACAUCUUACAGGCUAAGAGGAAGGGUUCUUAACUGCGUCUUAGGAGCACAUCCUGCUGACUUGUAUUUUCCUUGAACGUGAGACAAAGUUGAGAUGUGUACGUCUAGUUACUGCCUGCAAAUGGUGUCACUGAGGCAGACAUGCUUUUGUUCUAUUUGGCAAGUUUUGAAUACUUCUCUUGCUUCCGUGUCAGUUCACUCACAUGAACCACUGUAUUGUUUUCAUUAAACUAUUGUUUUCUAAUUGAAAUUGUCUAUAAAGAAAAUACUUGCAAUAUAUUUUUCCUUUAUUUUUAUGACAAUAGAAAUCAAGAAAAUUUGUUGUUAGAUCUAUUUUGGCCUAGGCAUCAGGUAUAUAUAUUACAUAUUUAUACAUAUUUUUUAUUUCUAAAAAAUUCAUUAAUUACUCUUUACUCUACAGUGUAACUAAGCGACUUAAUUACAAUUGUUAAAACUGAAAUACUGGAAGAUAUUUUUCCUGUCAUUGAUGAGAUGAUUAUUAUCUCAGCAUAACCGGAGUAGCUGGGAUCUACUAGUAGUGUAAAUAAAAUUCCUUUCUUCAGUACA